AUGGAUUGGCUUCCGCUGUUCUUCCUCCAUCCUGUAUCACUUUAUCAAGGAGCUGCUUUUCCCUUUGCACUCCUGUUUAAUUAUCUCUGCACCAUGGAUUCAUUUUCCACUCGUGCCAGGCACCUCUUUCUCCUGGCUGGAGGAGGCGCCCUGGCCGUGGCUGCCAUGAGGUCCUACGCCCUGCUUGUGUUCAUCCCUGCUCUCUGCACUGUGGUUCUGAUCACCUCACUCAGCCCUCAGCGAGUCCACAGGCCAACCUUCUUCUUUCAGAUGAGCUGGCAGACCCUUUGUCACCUGGGUCUGCACUACACAGAGUAUUAUCUGCAAGAGGCUCCUUCCACGAGGUUCUGCAUCACUCUCUCCUCGCUCAUGCUGUUGACCCAGAGGGUCACAUCCCUGUCUCUGGACAUAUGGGAGGGAAAAGUGGGGGCAUCCUCAGGAGGCGUCAGGAGCAGGAGCUCCUUGUCUGAGCGUCUGGGUAAGGCACUGCCCUAUUUCAGCUACUUGCUAUUUUUCCCUGCCCUCCUCGGAGGCCCUCUGUGGUCCUUCCAGAGAUUUCAGGCUCGUGUUCAAGGGUCCAGUUCUUUGAGUCCCAGGCGCUCUUGCUGGGCUCUGUCUUGGAGGGGUCUGCAGAUUCUUGGGCUGGAAUGCACAAAGGUGUUCAUGAGGGGAGUGCUGAGUGCGGGAGUGGGACUGACCGACUGCCAGCGACUCGAGUGCGUCUAUGUCGUGUGGGCCACAGCCGAGCUCUUCAAGCUCACCUACUAUUCCCACUGGAUCCUGGAUGACACCCUCCUCCAUGCGGCGGGCUUUGGGUCCGAAUCUGGUCAGGGCCCUGAGGAGGAGGGCUAUGUCCCCGAUGCGGACAUUUGGACACUGGAAACAACCCACAGGAUAUCCCUGUUCACGAGAAAGUGGAACCAAAGCACAGCUCGGUGGCUCAGACGGCUCGUGUUCCAGCAGAGCAGGGUCUGGCCACUGUUGCAGACGUUCGCCUUCUCUGCCUGGUGGCACGGACUCCAUCCAGGACAGGUGUUUGGUUUCCUUUGCUGGGCUGUGAUGGUGGAAGCAGACUACCUGAUUCACACCUUUGCCGAUUUGUUCAUCCGAUCCCAGCCAAUGAGGCUGCUCUACAGAAUUCUCACGUGGGCCCACACCCAGCUCAUCAUGGCCUACAUAAUGCUGGCCGUGGAGGCCCGCAGCCUUUCCUCUCUCUGGGUGCUGUGUUAUUCAUACAACAGUGUCUUUCCUGUGGUCUACUGUAUUCUGCUUUUUCUAUUAGUGAAGAGAAAGUGCAAAUUUAACUGA